AAUUUCCCUGAGUCGCCGAUAAAAGUAAUUUACUUUGAGCGGCAGCCCUGUCAGCUGUUUACACUAUUCCGCAGAUGUCUUCUGCCUCUUAAUUCUAGCAGUGUUCCAGAAGUUUCGCAAGCAAUUCCUCCCGAAUCACUACAUCGAAUUGAGGACUGUUUAGAACGAUAAAAUAACACCCAAGGAGUUCAUGUAUGCUCACAUCCACAGCUCGGGACGCCCUGCUGGGAAUUAACCACGGCCAAGAGGAGAGGAGUCUGCGGCAGUUGAACGACGACCAGUUCUUGGAUAACUGUAUGCGCAUUGGCCACGUGCGGAUCGAUCCGGUAUACCAGACAUGGCGCUGGAUGGGUUUCAAUUUCGGUAGGGGUCUUACACUCAUCGUGGACUCGCGCAGACUGAAACUCAUGCACCAUUACCAUGGUGCACCAGUCCAACAGCCUAUAGCGAUUUAGCAGUAGCCGUACAGAUGUGCAUCCACCAGUAGUACUAGAACUACCAUAAGCACUACAGCCAACAUGGACUCGGGCAGAAGACCCAUGGCCCAUGUCGAGCUUCUCUGCCGUUGUCUCAUGCUUGGGCUAAGCCCAAUUUGAUUUCUGUUCUGAAUUUUGUAAGGCCUACAAUAAGCGUUGCU